AUGUAUUUCAGGAUUGCAUUACGUAAACAGAAUUCACUUCGUGCAGAUCUUAUAAAAACAGGUUCAUUGGAAUCAUACAAUAAACUGCUCAAUUUUCAAAUUCAACGGAAAAAAACUCAACGUAAAAUCGGAUUAGAUUUCGGUUUAGCUUCAAGGCCAAGAACGAUAAGCGAAACUGAUGAAAUACUAAAGAACUAUAUGGAUGCUCAGUAUUAUGGUCAAAUUUCGAUUGGUACACCAGCCCAGAAUUUCAGUGUUGUUUUUGAUACUGGUUCAUCAAAUCUUUGGAUACCAUCCGUAAAAUGUCCUUUUUCGGAUAUUGCUUGUUUAUUCCAUAAUAAAUAUAAAGGAGCACAAUCGACAACAUAUAAACCGGACGGUAGAAAAAUAAAAAUUCAGUACGGAAGAGGUUCAAUGGAAGGAUUCAUUUCAUCGGAUACUGUUUGUAUUGCCGAUAUUUGUGUUACGGAUCAACCAUUUGCUGAAGCAACUUCAGAACCUGGUGUAACAUUUGUCAUGGCUAAAUUUGAUGGUAUUUUGGGUAUGGCAUUUCCGGAAAUUGCAGUUCUUGGAUUAAGUCCAGUAUUUCAUACAAUGAUUAAGCAAAAAACUGUCAAAGAAUCGUUGUUUGCUUUUUGGCUUGAUAGAAAUCCAAAUGAUGAAAUUGGUGGUGAAAUAACAUUGGGUGGUAUUGAUGUUAAUAGGUUUGUAGCACCACUUGUAUAUACUCCUAUAUCAAAGCAUGGAUAUUGGCAAUUUCAAAUGGAUAGCAUACAAGGCGAUGGUAAAGCAAUUAGUUGUGCUAAUGGAUGCCAGGCUAUAGCAGAUACGGGAACAAGCUUAAUUGCUGGUCCAAAAAGUCAAAUUGAUAAAAUUCAAAAAUAUAUUGGAGCGGAGCAUCUUUAUGCGGAUGAAUAUAUCAUACCAUGUUAUAAAGUACCAUCCCUACCUGAAAUUACAUUUGUCAUUGCUGGCAAAAGUUAUACUUUAAAAGGAUCAGAUUAUGUUUUGAAUGUAUCGGCACAGGGCAAAUCAAUUUGCCUUUCCGGUUUCAUGGGUAUUGAUUUACCUGAACGAGUGGGUGAAUUAUGGAUUCUUGGCGAUGUAUUCAUCGGUCAUUACUAUACCGUAUUCGAUGUUGGAAAUUCUCAGAUAGGCUUUGCACAGGCUCGUGAUAGCAAUGGUAAACCAAUAGGUAAACGAGUUCAUACGUUUGUAUCACAGGAACAACGAACAGUAACAACUACCACAUGAAUCAAUAAUUAUCGUCUCAUUAUAAUUACGAUUUAAUCGAAAUUUAAAACUUCAAAUUCAGUUAAAAUCAACAAUCUUUUCAUGCAUUAAUUAUAAAAUUUGUG